AAUUCAGUUCCAACUUUCUAAGUAUGUUUUGAAACAUUUUGAAAUGUUUAAAAUAUUAAGAAAAUUUUAUAUUAAUGAUAAUGUUUAACCGAAUUUUAAUUAGAAAACUGUUUAUUAGAUAUAGAAAAAAAAGUUUACGGUUUUUUUCAAAUGAAGCAAAAUGUAACCAAUUACAAGAAAUCGAACGAAUACGAAAUUUUGGAAUAUUGGCUCAUAUUGAUGCCGGGAAAACAACAACUACAGAACGAAUGUUGUAUUAUUCUGGAACCAUCCCAACGAUGGGAGAAGUACACCAUGGCAAUACGGUCACCGAUUACAUGGACCAAGAGAGAGAACGAGGAAUAACAAUCACCUCCGCGGCAGUCACAUUUCUCUGGAAAAAUUACAAAUUCAAUCUAAUCGACACACCAGGUCACAUAGAUUUUACCAAUGAGGUUGAACAGACUUUGGGAGUUCUAGAUGGAGCAAUUGUUGUUCUCGAUGGGUCAGCUGGAGUUGAAGCUCAGACUUUAACCGUUUGGAGACAAGCAGAUCGCUACAAUAUACCAAGAAUAAUUUAUGUCAAUAAAAUGGAUAGAAAAGACGCUAAUUUCGAAAAGAGUUUAAAAUCCAUUGAAACAAAGUUAGAAACAGUUCCUUUAGUCACUCAGCUGCCAUUAAAAAAUGAACAAUCUCUAAUUGGCCUCGUCGAUAUUGUCACUCUUGAGAAGCUGAUAUUCCAACAGAACAAUCAGGGAAUGCAAAUACAAAGGUUAAAGCUCACUGAAAAUGAUGAACAAUUAUUUGAAUUGGCGAAAGAAAAGCGCAAAGAAUUAACAGAUCAAAUUUCAGGAUUCGAUGAUCAACUAGCAAAUAUUGUUAUAGAAAAGAAUUCCUUGGAUGAAAUCACCGAUCAAAAUUUGGUUGAUUCUCUCCGUAGAGUUACUGUAAGUAGAAAAGCAGUGCCUGUUUUACUUGGAAGUUCAUAUAAAAAUAUUGGAAUUCAACCUCUUAUGAAUGGAAUUGUUUUAUAUUUGCCAUCACCAAACAUGAAUCCACUUACAAAACUCUACAGUUGUUUUAGGGACACUCUGUCGGCAAAAGCUUUUAAAGUAAUUCACGAUAAGCAAAAGGGACCAGUAACUUUCCUUCGAAUAUUCACAGGACAGCUGAAAAAAAAUCAAAAAGUUUACAAUGUUGGUCAGGAGAAAUCUGAACACGGCGGUCGACUUUGUGCAGCUUAUGCCGAUGAUUACAUUGAAAUAGAAGAAAUUGAUCAGGGAAAUAUUGUUGCCAUGGCUGGACUUAAAUCGACAGUUACUGGGGAUUUAAUAACAUGCAGCGCUACUUCAGCAAGUCGAGCUAAAGCCAGCUUGGAGAAACGAGCAAACAUCAAACCUGAGGACAUAAAAAAUAUUUUUUCCAACGAUGCAAGAAUUCCAGAUCCAGUUUUCUUUUGUUCCAUCGAACCACCUUCUUUAUCUUAUCAAUUGGCUCUGGAUAAUGCACUUCUUGAGAUACAAAAGGAAGAUCCAAGUUUACGGGUAACCCAGAACGAGGAGACAGGACAAACUGUGUUGGGAGGGAUGGGAGAAUUGCAUUUGGAAAUUAUUAAGGAAAGAAUUCGAAGAGACUAUAAAAUUGAUGUGAUGUUAGGAACUUUGCAAAUUGCCUAUAAAGAAACAAUAUUGGAGACUGUUAGAGAUAAGUAUGAAUUAAAUCAUACAGUUGGCUCUAGUAAACACAGAGUAUUCCUCGAAAUCUCUUUGUUACCAAAUCACAAGAAAAAGGAAAUUCUCUCAUUCGAUCAUGGAAGAGAGAGUGCAUCGAAUCUUUCUAAAAUCCAUCCAAAGGUAAUGAGUGCUCUCAAAACAGGUAUCACUACUGCUUUGAUGCAUGGACCUAAAAUUGGAUGUCCCAUAAUUGAUGUUGGAAUCAUGUUACACUGGCUAGAAAUCGGAAGAGGAACUUCCAAUACAAUGGUGAUUGCCGCAAUGGCUCAAGCCAUUCGAAAGAUGAUGAAUUCCAUUGGUUGCAUUUUAUUAGAACCAAUAAUGCACAUGGAGAUUGUUACCGAGGAGGAAUCAUCGUCAGCAAUUUUGGGAGAUUUGGGCCGCAGAAGGUCUGAAAUAAAGAACAUUGAUGUUCGAGGAAAAAAUAAGGUGUUGUAUGCCACUGUUCCAUUGUCCGAAUUACUUGGAUAUUCCACAAUGUUAAGAAUAUUAGCAUCUGGAAAGGCCACAUUUACAAUGGAGUUUAGUCAUUAUCAGUCAUUGGACAAUAACGAAGAGCAAAAUGCAAUAAAAAGGAUUACAGGUUUUUGAAUUAAAUUCCUUUUUAAUGUGAUUGUAUAGGAUUGAAAAUCUAAAAAAAAUUGUUUUAUCUGUUAAAAUUGUUUUUAAAACUGUUAAUUACUAAUUUUUAAAUUGAAACUUGUUUAUACAUA